AUGUCCCAGGAGAACCCAAGUCUCGCUAUCAUAAGGGUGAGGAACAAUGAGUCAUAUGGCCUGUCUCACGCCAGGGCGUCUGGCUGGAGGGCUGCUACUGCUGACGUGGUGGCCAUCCUGGAUGCGCACAUCGAAGUCCAUGAGCUGUGGGCGGAACCCCUGCUGACGCAGAUCAAGGCUGACCGAACGGUGGUGACGUCCCCUGUGUUUGACAAAGUAAACUUUGAUGACCUCAAGGUUAUUCCAUACCAGCCAGCAUCACACGCCUUCGACUGGGCUUUAUGGUGCAUGUAUGAGAGCUUUUCGGACGAGUAUUACAAACUCAAAGACGGCUCGUUGCCUGGAAAAAGUCCAUCUGUCAUGGGGAUCCUAGUUGCUGAAAGAAAGUAUCUGGGAGAAAUUGGACUCCUCGAUGAAGGAAUGAAAGUGUACGGUGGAGAAAAUGUUGAGCUGGGAAUUCGAGUGUGGACAUGUGGAGGCAGUAUUGAAGUAGUUCCAUGCUCCAAGAUCGCCCACAUUGAGAGGGCCCACAAGCCCUACAUGCCUGACCUGAGCAAAGCCAUGAAGAGAAACGCCCUGAGGGUAGCAGAAGUCUGGAUGGAUGAAUACAAACACAACGUCAACUUGGCUUGGAACUUGCCGCACGAGAAUCACGGAAUUGACAUUGGGGAUGUCUCUGAAAGGAAAAAACUCAGGGAAAGGUUGAACUGUAAACCUUUCAAAUGGUACCUGGAAAAUGUGUAUCCCAAGUUGGAUCCCUUGACUAACCUAGUUGCCUAUGGAGGAAUAAGGAAUCUUGAUGCUGACAGGUGCAUAGACCAAGGACCAGUGCCAGGUCACACACCCAUUGCCUACAAUUGCUACUACUAUGGACCUCAAAUGUGUUAUUAUCGGUCAAACGGUGAGCUCUAUAUCGGCGGCAUCAAGUCCCACAAGUACAAUGACAACCAGUGUUUAACUGACCCGGGGGAAAAAGAAACAGAGCCUGGCCUUCAUAAAUGCAAAGAGGCUAAGCAGAAAGGAAUGGGGAUUUACUGGGACUUCACUCAGGGCAAAGAACUGAAGAACAGAGAUACAAAAAGGUGUCUGGAGAUUAAGAAUGGCGUGCUUCUAAUACAGGAAUGCUCUGGCCAAAGAUGGGAAAUCCAAAACAUAAUCAAAGCAUUUUAAAAUGUGCGGUGUUGCAUAUUUCAAAAUUUCUGAGGAAGGAGAGAGGUUGGGUCCAAAUGAAGAUUGAACAAAAUGGUUUAAUAAACAAAAUGACAUGACAAAACAGGAUUUAUCACUGCGGCGGACUGAAAAAUGCUCCCCCCAUGUGGAGUCAUAUGUUAAAGGUCCCAUGGCAUGAAAAU